CAAUAAACGCCGAGGAAAACCCACUCGGAGGCAAGAUGGCUGACUCGAGUGAGUGCUUCAACAUCGGCAGCACAGUGAGUUGCGUUACGUGCUUCGAUGAGGAAUUACAAGGAGAAGUUUUAGCGUUCGACUCGCACGUGAAGCUCUUGACACUGAAAUCGCCAGCCAGUAGUGGGAGGACGUCCCUAUGCGACAUACGUAUGGUCAACCUUAGCUAUGUUUCUCAGGUUACAGUCUUGAGGGAAGCUCCAGUCUCCUCCUUACCAACACUGCCGUCUCUAAAUCUUACUAAGCUUAAUUCCCGAGCAAAGAGAAGCAUAGAAGAAAAGCAACGGCUAAUCCAGGCAAUGCAAUCUGGAGUGUCUCCUGAUGGUCAGAAGCUAUUUCUAACUAUCAAUAAAACGUUAGAGGAGGUGACAUGGAAGGGGGUAAAUAUUUUGGUGAUGGGGCAGGUCCUCAUCACGCCUCCAUACCAGUCGGACAACGUGAGAGAGCACAAGGAUGGGAAGGAGGUUAGCGCACUACAGCUUAAUUACAUCAAGAAAAUUGUGGACAAGUUUCACAAGGAUCAACAGAGUAUGUCCAUGAACAAUGGAACAAGUGCGACACCAGUUGUAGAGGUGCAAGCGGUGUCGCAGUGAAGCAGCUGUCAGACCAAACACCUCACCUACAAACACCAGGUGGGGG